AUGUAUUUCUUUAUUGUCAACCCAUCAUCACGCUCAAAUCAUGGAAGAGUUGUUUGGAAGUCUGUAGAAAAAGAACUCAAGAGACUUCGUAUCAAUUACAAGGUCUUUUUUACGAAUUAUCCAUACCAUGCAAUUAAAAUUGCAUCAAAGGUAUGCGAAGAACCAGGUAAUAAAACAAUUGUUGCUGUUGGUGGCGAUGGAACUGUUAAUGAAGUCAUUAAUGGUAUCAAUAAUUUUGAAAAAGUAAGAUUUGGAUAUAUUCCAACCGGUUCUGCAAAUGAUUUUGCAAGAGGACUCAAUUUGCCUGUUAAAACCAAGAAAGCCCUUGAAAAUAUUCUUUAUUCCAAGAAUAUCAAAGAUAUGAGUAUCGGAAGAAUGAGAUGCUCGAAUGGAACAUACAAAUUUGCAAACAGUUGUGGAAUUGGACUUGAUGCAUACAUAUGUGCAAAAGCUAAUUCUUCUCCUUUAAAGGCAUUUUUCAAUAAAUUUCAUCUUGGAUUUCUAACAUAUGCAAUAGUUUGCAUUCAACAAAUCUUCACUUUCAAACCAUUGAAACUCACUGCAACAAUUGAUGAUGAAAAGUCAAUAACAGUUGAUAAGUGUUUCUUCUGUGCAAUUAUGAAUAACAUUUGCGAAGGAGGAGGCUUAAGACUUGCUCCAACUGCAGAUCCUUUUGAUGAUAUGUUUGAUGUUUGCAUUGUUGAUGGAAUUAACAUCCCUAAGUUGAUUUGUGUUCUUCCACUUGCAUUUUCUGGAAGACAUACUUUUCUUAAAGAAGUAACAACAUUUCGCUGCAAGAAAUUGCAAAUAAGCUCAGAUGUUGAAUUGCCGAUUCAUCGUGAUGGUGAAAUCGAUAAGCCUGUUAAAGAACUAACCAUUUCCAUGGAGCCACGAAGCCUCAAAGUUAUUUGCUAA